GGGCACAGAGGGUCCCGGGGGGGCUCCCCGCUGCUCGCCACCCCGACGCGGAGCAGUAGAGACGCCGGUCCUCCCAGCCGCCUCGAGCGGCCUGGUCCGCCAGCAUCCCAGGGCUCCUUGCGCCUCCCGCCCUGCUGCGCGGCUUCCGGCGGCGGCGGCGGGAGCGUGUGCCGGGCGGCGGCGGCGGCAGCAGCAGCAGCAGCAGCCGUAGCCAUAGCCAUGGCGUACGGCGGGCAGGGCCAGAAGGUGCAGAAGGUGAUGGUGCAGCCCAUCAACCUCAUCUUCCGCUACCUGCAGAACAGGUCCAGGAUCCAGGUGUGGCUUUAUGAGCAAGUGAAGAUGCGGCUAGAAGGCUGCAUCACUGGCUUUGAUGAAUAUAUGAACUUGGUGCCGGACGACGCAGAGGAAAUUCACUCCAAACCAAAACCAAGGAAACAGCUGGGAACUGUUUCAUUCCGUUUUGUCCAAGAGAGUCAGAAAUACUUGCACAGAAAUGCGCAGCAUCUGAAUGAAAGGGGUCAGAACCGCCUGAAUUUGAGCUUUAUCUGGUGCGGUUGCAAGUUUUAUGGCAUUUAGUAUCUUUAGAACAGCAAGAAUCAAAGUAUCUGACUUCCCAUCAAAAAAACCUGCUUGUGGCUAAAGAAGAUCAGUUUCAUCUCUGGAGGCACCAAACAAAUCAUCAGCUGUCGAACUGGACCUAAGGCAUCUUUUCCAAGCUUCCGUGAUCUUGCUGCAAUGCAUGAUGAUGGAUAGAUGGAUUAGAGAACAGCGUAUGAUGGCAAACUUGUAGCAUUGGCUCUGACGUAAAAAGAAAACAAAUUCUUUCCUAAAAGCAAAGUAAUUCCAAAUUCUUGGUAUCGUGCAGCCACGCCACUUGCCAAGGAAGCAUUUCCCUGCCUCUCAAAGCUUGCUGUAUCCUCGAUCUGCUGUCUUCCUGCCGUUAAUGGAUUGCAACUCUGCGUGCCCGGUUAGGGCUAAGAGUUGCUCUCGCUACGGAUAUCGUGCAACAUACGCUGUGCACGCUUGUGCGUAUAGGUACGUUUAUACUGUAUGCGUGUACACAGGCAUGCCUGUUUGUGUGCUGGCCCCCAAAUCACUCGUGUUAUAAAGCAUGAGCCUUGAAGGCAUAUUCAUCAAACUAUUACGUAGAUCUUUUGUUUUUACCGGUUCCCUCAACAUGAGAGACUUUUUAGGCAGUCUGCUGUGGCAAAUAGC